AUGACCGAGCCUGGCGACCACCUCCGGUGCGGCCUGGGCGAGAUGUCGGCCCCAACCCGCGCCGAGUUCUUCGAGGUCGCGAACAAGUUGCAGGGCGAGCACCUGAAGCGCCACCUGACGACAACGAUCAUGCAGGAUAUGUCCAAGGAGCAGUCGAUCGCUUUCUCCUCGCACGGGAACGUCCACAAAGUGAAGGACCUGGAGAAAGAGGCGGAGGGGAACCCGUCCAAGCUGGAGGACCUUGCGAAGUUGAAGCUCAACAGUUAUAUGUUUCACUCGGCCCACUACGACUGCGAGAUGCUGCGGGUUCCGACCUACACGCUCGAUGUGACGAAGAAAUCUAGCCAGCGCGAAUGUCAGAAGCGCACCAUCGAUGCUGAGGAAGCCGUCAAAGCCAAGAAAACUCGCUUGCCUAAAAAGUCGGCCGGCGAGGCCGUGGAGGACGGUUCCGGGGGACCUUCGGGAGAACCAGCCGAAGGGGGGCAACCCGCAGGGGCCCCGACUGGCCGCGGCGGCAGCGGCAAGGGCCGCGGCCGCGGCCGCGGCCGCGGUGGGCCGCCGCCGAACCUCCCGAAGGAGCUGACGCCCGCUCAGAAGAAUCGCGCGAAGGCGGGGGCGGACAAGUUCACGAAGGCAGAAUUUGAGUUCGAGGGCAUCAUGGUAGAGGCUCUUGCCGACAGGGAGAGCAUCCCGAAGAGGCUCCUGGACAACGCCCUGGAGUUGCAGAAAAUUCCCCGCGCAUCCAGGCCGCCCUGGACGACUUGA